AUGCCUAGCAACUUGAACUUUGUCGAGGCUGCUUCGCUGAAUGCGCUUUACGGGUUGAAGUCUUUGAAGAAGGGCCAGUGGGUUGUUACUCAGGGCACUGGUGGCGUUAGUUUGUUCGCCUUGCAGUUCGCCAAGGCUGUUGGCGCCCAUAUCAUCGCUACGACAUCGACCGCUGAGAAGGCAGAGAUGCUUAAGAAGCUUGAAGCCGACCGUGUUAUUAACUACAGGGAGGAUGUUAACUGGGGUGAGACUGCCCGCAAGUUGACCCCUGGCGGUGAAGGUGUGGAGCAUGUUAUCGAGGUCGGUGGUGCCGAUACUUUCACCCAGAGCUUGAGCGCCAUCAAGAUGGAGGGUGUCAUUUCUGUUAUCGGUUCCCUCGGUAAUGUGGCGCCCAAGGAUAAUAUUCUCGAGACUCUUUAUCGAGUCUGUACUGUUCGUGGCGUCUAUGUCGGGUCCCGCGAGCAGCUUGAGGCUAUGGUCGCUGAGAUUGAGAAGCACGACAUUCACCCCGUUAUGGAUAGGACUGUGUUCACGCUGGAGAAGGCCAAGGAGGCCUAUGAAUACAUGUCGGCCAUGAAGCACACUGGCAAGAUCCCCAUCACCAUCGAGUAA